GCGUAUAAAUACGGGUGGCAGGACCGCGCCGAGCCGCACACAGCCAUCCACCUUCUCCUCUCCCUCUCCCUCUCUCCCCGUUCUUCUCUCUCUGUAGGCCCCCAUCUCCGCCGCGAGCCAGAGGGGCUCCGACCGCCACCAUGAGUUCCUUCAGCUACGAGCCGUACUACUCGACCUCCUACAAGCGGCGCUACGUGGAGACGCCCCGGGUGCACAUCUCCAGCGUGCGCAGCGGCUACAGCACCGCGCGCUCCGCUUACUCCAGCUACUCCGCGCCGGUCUCCUCCUCGCUGUCCGUGCGCCGCAGCUACUCGUCCAGCUCCGGCUCCCUGAUGCCCAGUCUCGAGAACCUCGACCUGAGCCAGGUAGCCGCCAUCAGCAACGACCUCAAGUCGAUCCGCACCCAGGAGAAGGCGCAGCUGCAGGACCUCAACGACCGCUUCGCCAGCUUCAUCGAGCGCGUGCACGAGCUGGAGCAGCAGAACAAGGUGCUGGAGGCUGAGCUGCUGGUGCUGCGCCAGAAGCACUCCGAGCCCUCGCGCUUCCGGGCGCUGUACGAGCAAGAGAUCCGCGACCUGCGCCUGGCGGCGGAAGACGCUACCAACGAGAAGCAGGCGCUCCAGGGCGAGCGCGAAGGGCUGGAGGAGACUUUGCGCAACCUGCAGGCGCGCUAUGAAGAGGAGGUGCUGAGCCGCGAGGACGCCGAGGGCCGGCUGAUGGAAGCGCGCAAAGGAGCCGACGAGGCCGCGCUCGCCCGCGCCGAGCUCGAGAAGCGCAUCGACAGCCUGAUGGACGAAAUCGCCUUCCUGAAGAAAGUGCACGAAGAGGAGAUCGCCGAGCUGCAGGCGCAGAUCCAGUACGCGCAGAUCUCCGUGGAGAUGGACGUGUCCUCCAAGCCCGACCUCUCCGCCGCGCUCAAGGACAUCCGCGCUCAGUACGAGAAGCUGGCCGCCAAGAACAUGCAGAACGCCGAAGAGUGGUUCAAGAGCCGCUUCACCGUGCUGACCGAGAGCGCCGCCAAGAACACCGACGCGGUGCGCGCCGCCAAGGACGAGGUGUCCGAGAGCCGCCGCCUGCUCAAGGCCAAGACCCUGGAGAUCGAAGCGUGCCGGGGCAUGAACGAAGCGCUGGAGAAGCAGCUGCAGGAGCUGGAAGACAAGCAGAACGCCGACAUUAGUGCUAUGCAGGACACGAUCAACAAAUUAGAAAACGAAUUGAGAACCACAAAGAGCGAAAUGGCUCGGUACCUUAAAGAAUACCAAGACCUCCUCAACGUAAAGAUGGCUUUGGACAUUGAGAUUGCAGCUUACAGGAAACUCUUGGAAGGUGAGGAGACCCGGCUCAGUUUCACCAGCGUGGGAAGCAUAACCAGCGGCUACUCCCAGAGCUCUCAGGUCUUUGGCCGAUCUGCCUACGGCGGUUUACAGACCAGCUCCUACUUGAUGUCAGCCCGCUCCUUCCCGUCUUACUACACCAGCCACGUCCAGGAGGAGCAGAUCGAGGUGGAGGAGACCAUUGAGGCUGCCAAGGCCGAGGAAGCCAAGGACGAACCCCCUUCUGAAGGAGAAGCAGAGGAGGAGGAGAAGGAGAAGGAAGAGGCUGAAGAGGAGGAAGGAGCUGAAGAGGAAGAAGCUGCCAAGGAGGAAUCCGAGGAGGCCAAGGAGGAAGAAGAAGGAGGUGAUGGCGAAGAAGGAGAAGAGACCAAAGAAGCCGAGGAGGAGGAAGAGGAGAAGAAAAAUGGAGGUGCUGCCGAAGAGCAAGCCACUAAAAAGAAAGAUUGAGCCCCUCUUUUCCUUAAUGAUUCCUGGAAGAAUUCUCCCGAAAUCAGGUCAACCCCAUCACCAACCAACCAGUUGAGUUCCAGAUACUAUAUGAAUUAAGAAGUCAAUAUAUGUAUACUUCUGAGAUGACUUAGGUUGGACUUUAAAUGUCGUGCUAUGACUUUUUUCCUUAUGCAGAGUAUCUGUUUGCUUGCAGAGUGGCUUCCUGGCUUGCUGCCAGCCUGUGCAUGGUCCACGCUUACGAGUUCAGGAUCUAUGGCAAUGUGAAUAAUUCAGAUGUUUACAAUAAAUACACACACACACACACAGACACACACACAUGAAUAAAUGAAUUCACUAAUGUUAAUGUUAAACUUCAUGGUAAAAAUAGUCCUUUGAACCUUUGGUGGUUAGAAAUUAAAGACCUCGAAUCAUGUGCAAUAAAUAGUAAAUAAAGUUACACUGAAUGACAUUCUUUGCUGUGGUUGUUGACUUAAUUAAGAUCUCCUAAAGAAGGCAGCAGGGUAAGCCAUCUACAACUAGACUGUCGACCUCCAAAAUUUCUUUAUGUCCAAAUGUUAACAAUUACAAUGCAUUUCCCCCCUUAAUUGAUCAUUCUGAGGGGGUGCAUGUAGGUCAGGACCAUUCAUGAAAUCUCUCCCCUCAAAACUUUGGCUGAGAAUAAACUUGAGUACAUGAGAAUCUCUGGGGUUUUUCUUUUAUAAUUAGCAAUAUAUUUUGCCCCAUAAAAUGUAUAAUGUUGCAAUCGGCUUUCUUGGAGGCAAUGGUGUAAUAUAAAAACACUUUUGUGGUAAAUAGGUAACUUAAAAAUAUAAUAUGGAUAGAGUAUGAAUUAAUUUCACCCACCCCUUACUAUAAUCGCCUUAUCUUAAUAUAAUCUGAAUAUCAUGGGCAGAAGUUGAAACCCAAGCAGUUGAUAGAAUCAGAUGGGGUUUUUUUCUGCGUAUAAUUUGGAAGGAGAGAGUAAGAAUAUAAAAGAUUAUUGACCAUUGCAAACGUAUUACCUGCAAUCCUGAGCUCGUGAUUCAGUGUGUUGUUAGCUUGAUUCCGUCGCCUCAAGUUAACAAUAUGGUUUACUUGAGCAUUAGCCACCCAUUUUAAGCUUUUUAAAAACUACAGAUACAGAUAAUUUAUUGUCUGUCACUAAAGGGAGGAGAUUAGAUACCAGUAUGUCACAUUGCCAUUGCUCUGAGUGUCUUUGUUGGGAAAUAUUUGGAUUUCAGUGAUUGCUCUAACUGGUUGGACCUUGCAUCAAGUACACACCCCAUCCAUCCUCCCUGUUCACUGUAAAGUCAUGAAAGCUCUUGCACUUGCACUUGAUGUGGAAUGUAGAUGAAAUUAACUGAUUAUUCGCUGUUCUGCUUUUGUUCCUACACAAUUGCUUUUUCAGCUAGUUUUGUUCAGUGUUUGUUCUUUAGACAGCUUUUAAAAGUUAAUGAACCUGAGAGCAAAGUGGUCUUUAUUUAAAUUUAUCUGAGUCUUCACACUACCUAUUUAGAGUUAAAUAUAUAUCGGUAAUAUAAUUUCUUUUCAUGAUGCUAUUGAUUUGAACUAUGACGAUUCUCAGUAUAGUGGUGUCGGCAAAGACUAGGAGUCGCCUCAGAAACCAAGCUUUUCACAUUUAUGUUCAUUAAGGAUGGGAUGCUAGACAUGAUAAGUCUAAGAAAGAUGCAAAUUACAUGUACAAAAGUAACUUUAGCCAAAUGGAAAUGGUUGGUUUGAGAAUUACCUGAAGUAAGAACUCUGUACCAUAUUCUAUCCUGUGUGCCAAAAUAAAAUACUGAAAAACCAAAA